AUGGCCGAAUCAGCCGAGGGCGGCUCUGACCCUCAGAUCACCUUCAAGGUGAGAACUUCGGGCGAGGCUCAGUACACCAUCACCAUUGCCGAGAGCGCCACCGUCUCCGACCUCAAGCAGAGGCUUGCCGGCCCGGACUACGAGAACAUCCCCGUCGAGAGGCAGCGCUUGAUCUACUCGGGACGUGUCAUGAAGAACGAGGAGCCCUUGAGCACGUAUAAGAUCAAGUCCGGAAACUCGAUCCACCUGGUCAAGAGCGCCGCGAGCAACCCGACGCCAGCUCCCGCCUCCUCGUCCACGUCGUCGUCGACACCCGCCGUUCCCCAGAUUCCCACCAACAUGGCUGCCGGUACUGCUAACAACCCCUUGGCCGGCUUGACGGGCGCGCGAUACGCUGGCUUGACGAACCUCCCGUCCGCCGACAUGUUUGGCCCAGACGGUGGUAUGGUGGGCUCUAUGAUGGACGAGGAGCAAUUGGCCAACAUGCUCAGCAACCCUCAGGUGGCUCAGCAGAUGAACGAGAUGAUGAAUAAUGACGCCUUCAUCGAUAUGAUGAUCCAAUCGAAUCCUAUGCUGCGGAAUAACCCGAACGCCCGCGAAAUCGUGCGAUCCCCCCUCUUUCGCCAGAUGAUUACGAACCCCGACGCAUUACGGAACGCGGCUAGGCUCCAGCGCAUGUUCGGAGGGCGACAGGCGGCCCAGAACGCAUUUCCUAUGCCCGGUGUCACCGACAACACCCCUGGAGAUGCGCCCGCGGGCGAUAGUGCGACGGGCGCCAACGCCCGCAGCGCCAGCCCGAAUCAGCCGAACGCCAACGUCAACCCGUUCAGCCCGGCGGCUUGGGGAAACUUCCCCUCCCCCGGCGCCGCAGGCGAUAAUGCCGCGCUUCCGUUCCCGUUUGGAAUAUGGAACCCGCACCCAGCUACGGGUCAGGCUGGCCAAGGACCUGCUAGUCCCGGCGCAAACACCGCAAGCGGCACGCAGACAGGAAGCGGUGGCGCUAAUGCUGGUGCAGGCCAGGGUUCCAACCCGCAGAGCCCGUCAAGUCAGCCACCUAACCCAUUUGCCAGCCUUUUCGGUGGUGCGGUCCCCGGCGGCAUUCCUGGCGCCGGCGCAGGAGCCGGCGCGAAUCCCUUCGGCGUACCGCCCAUGUCGCCCGAGGUUCUACAGCAGAUGAUGCAGGCGCUGGGUAUGGGAUCGGGAGUUAACCCCUCCGCUCCGCCAGACAACCGACCUCCGGAGGAGCGAUACGCGGAGCAGUUGAGACAACUCAACGAGAUGGGCUUCUACGACUUCGAUAGGAACGUCGCCGCCUUGCGACGAAGCGGUGGGAGCGUACAAGGCGCUAUCGAGCACCUCCUGAACUCGUAA